AUGAAGUUCACUCUCGCUUUUUUGCUUACCCUUGUUGCCGCCGCCUCUGCUGCAUCUGUCGAUGUCAGCCUGGUCCAGAGGCAGGACAACUGCGCUUCCAAGGGUGCCAACUGUGGCGGUCCUGGUGACCGUGGGUGCUGCUCUGGCACAACCUGCAAGAGCACUUAUGCCCCCGUUGGUGGUGUCGGCAUGAUCUGCCAGUAG